UUAAGUUACUUCUAGCACUGGAAAUAAACAUAUAGAAGGAAAAAUGGAUCCCUUGUUUUGCUCUUCAGAAACUAGCAACUUUCGACCUUUCACCCGUGAGUCCUUGGCAGCAAUCGAGAAAAGAAUUGCUGAGAAAAAAUCCCAGCAAGCCAAAGCUAAAAGGGAGAAUGAGGACAAAGAAGUUGACAAAAAUAAGCUUACUCCUAAGCUUGAUCUGAAAACCUGCAAAAAACUGCCAUCUCUGUAUGGGGAUCUUCCUGUGGAGCUCAUUGGGGAACCCCUGGAGGAUAUUGAUUCAUACUACAGUGAUCACAAGACUUUUAUGGUAUUAAACAAAAGUAGGAUUAUUUACCGGUUUACUGCCACAUCUGCCUUGUGUAUAAUUAGUCCUUUUAAUCCAGUCAGAAAAGCAGCAAUUAAAAUUAUGAUCCAUUCCUUAUUUACUUGCUUUAUUAUAUGUACUGUGGUACUCAAUUGUGUUUCCAUGACUGUAAAGCUUCCACAUGAACUCUACUGGACUGAAUAUAUUUUUACUGGCAUAUAUACUUGUGAAAUACUGAUAAAAGUAGUAGCAGCAGGAUUUGUUUGGAAUGAAUUUACCUUUCUUCGAGAUCCAUGGAACUGCAUGGAUUUUGUCACUACUGUCGUAAUCUAUGCUACUGUGGGCAAGGGUUCAGCUCUUCGAACUUUCAGAGUACUGAGGACUUUGAAAGCUAUUUCAGUAAUACCAGGUCUGAAAGUCAUCGUAAAUUCACUUAUUGAAUCUGUUAAGAGACUUACAGAUGUGUUGAUCUUCACUGUUUUUUGCUUGAGUGUAUUUGCUCUAAUAGGCCUUCAGCUUUUUAUGGGCAAUUUAACAUCCAAAUGUGUCCUCAAGAAUACUACUUACAAUGACACAUUAUGUAAGGAUGCUAAGAUCUAUGUACCAGAUACUGAAGAUGUCUGCGCUAGAAUGAAUAAAUCUUCUGAAAUAUUGCUCUGUGGGUUCAGUUCACAGCCUGAGAAUGAGUGUCCCCAAAACUAUACCUGUAAGAAGAUUGGGAAGAAUCCUGACUUUGGUUAUACAAGUUUUGAUCAUUUUGGCUGGGCUUUCCUUUCUUUGUUCCGUCUUAUGACACAGGAUUACUGGGAACGUCUCUACAGACAAACUAUCCGUACAUCUGGAAAGAGCUACGUUUUAUUUUUUAUGGCAGUCAUCUUUUUGUGCUCAUUUUAUCUCUUCAAUCUGAUCUUGGCUGUGGUAACUUUGGCAUAUAAAGAGCAAAAUGAAGCUCUAGAGGAAAAGGAAAAAAUACUUCAUGAUGCCUAUCAAAUUCUAAAGGAAGAACAGAUGUUGGCUGUCGGAGAAGGUAAUAGGGCCCUACAUGUUGAAUCCAAAAUGUCAGCUGCUGAGUUGAAAAAUUCAGAAGAAAAAGAAGUGAAGAAAGAAAAACCUAUUUUAAGCAAAAGUUCAAUUUUAAGUGAUCAUGACAAAGAUGGACAUAUGUUUCAGUCACAGCCUGUUCACUGCCACAAGAAGCUUAGGCAGAUACUGCUGUCCUAUGAAUUGUCAGUGGACUCUAUUAAUGAUCCUUUUCAAAGACAAAGGUUAAUGAGUGCAGCCACUAUUAUUACAGACAUGCAAAAGUCAAAAAUUACAUGCCCUUCUCAAUGGAAACAUCUUGCUCGAAAGUGUCUAAUUUGGAAUUGUUGUUCAUUCUGGAGAGCAGUCAAAGAGAAGGUGAAAAUGGUAAUUUUGGAUCCAUCUGCUGAAACCUUGAUCAUGGUUUGCAUUAUUGCAAAUACCUUUUUCAUGGCUUUGAAGCAUCCUGGUGUGAACCAUGAUUACAAAGAACUAUUUUAUAGAAGUGACUUGGUCUUCACCCUGAUUUUUACAGCAGAAAUGAUCUUGAAAAUCAUUGCUCUUGAUCCUUACAACUAUUUUCAGCAAAAAUGGAAUAUUUUUGAUAGCAUAGUUGUUAUGAUUGACCUAAUAAGCUUUGAAGAAAAUCUAUCAUAUUUCAGGCUGCUCAGGAUCUUCAAAUUGGCAAAAUUCUGGCCAGCCUUAAAUACUCUUAUGAAAAUAAUUCUAAACUCAGUUGGUGCUCUGGGUAACCUCACUCUGGUUUUGAUUGUCACUAUAUUUAUUUUUGCCGUAGUAGGAAAGCAGGUUUUAGGCCCUUAUUAUGAAAAAUAUUCUUGUAAAAUAAGCACCGAUGCACAGUUACGCUGGCAUAUGAAGGAUUUUUAUCAUUCAUUCCUGAUUAUAUUCCGAAUAUUAUGUGGAGAAUGGAUUGAAACCAUGUGGGAAUGUAUGGAAGUGGCUGGAAAAGGGCUAUGUCUUCCCAUUUUCUUGGUAGUCCUGGUCAUAGGAAACCUGGUGGUGCUCAACCUAUUCAUUGCCUUGCUGCUGAAUUCAUUCAAUACUGACUCCUCAACGGAUCAAGAGGAAUCUGGACAAAUGACCAAAAGUCAGAUUACCAUUGUGCAUAUUCGCAAGGGCCUGCAGUCUGUGAAAGACAGAAUUUUGGGUCGUUGUUGCAAAGCAAUGAAACGAAGCCUCAAAACAACAGCCAAAAAGAAGACUUUGGUGAAAAUUUCAGCCAAAGACAUAGAGGAAAAUAACUAUGCCAUGAUAGAUGUCAGAAAAGAUAUAGACAACAGCUGCUUAGACCUGGGUUAUUACAAUACUGAGAGGAAUUGCUCAGUAACAAUGAAAUAUGAAGAAUUUUUGACCAGUCAUAGUACCUGUGUUCCUAUUGCAGUACCAGAGACUUACACGGAUGAAGGUGGUGAUGAGCACAGUGUAUGCACAGAAACAGAAUACAGAAAACAGGGAGACAGGUUAAGACAUAGAAGGGAGUGCCGAAGUUCAAGUGUCUUCAGUCAGAUUUCUGGGACUUCUGAAACUUUAAGUUGUGUUUCAGAAAUACACCAAAAGAAAGAGCAAAAAGAGAAAUGUGAUGGUGGUAGCUAUUCUGAAGCCAGCACUGUGGAUCCAGUUAUUCUCCUGGAGACCUUUUCCCAGCCUCAAAACUCACACCUACCCAAGGACUGUUUUACAGGAAGUUGCGUUGAGUGUUUUCCAUGUUGUGCAUUGGAUACCACUAGGUUUCCAGGCAGAACUUGGUGGAACUUUAGAAAAACCUGUUACAGAAUUGUUAAACAUAGCUGGUUUGAACAUUUUAUAAUUUUUAUGAUAAUAUUGAGCAGCGCAGCACUGGCAUUUGAAGAUAUUCACCUACAGGAGAGACAAAAAGUGAAAAUGCUCCUAGAAUUUGCUGAUAAAAUAUUUACCUACAUCUUUUUUAUGGAGAUGCUGCUGAAAUGGGUGGCUUAUGGUUUGCACAGUUAUUUCACAAAUGCCUGGUGUUGGCUAGACUUCAUCCUUGUAUGUCUGUCAUUUGUUUCCUGGGGAUUAAGUACUACUCCUGCCUCAUCACUUUGUUCCUCUGAGAAUGCCCUGAAAUCUCUCAGGACUCUUAAAGCAUUGAGGCCUCUCCGAGCUUUGUCAAGAUUUGAAGGGAUCAAGGUUGUUGUGAAUGCACUCUUGGGAGCCAUCCCCUCAAUCUUGAAUGUUUUGCUCGUCUGUAUUGUCUUCUGGCUCCUAUUUAACAUUGCAGGAGUAAAAUUAUUUGGAAAAAAAUUUUGGAAAUGCACACUCUCAAAAGAAAGCAUCAGUUCAGUUUGGAACAGAAAUGAUUGUACUCACUUUAAUGGCAUAUGGACAAAUACUGAUGUGAACUUUGAUAAUGUUGGGAUGGGAUACUUGGCUCUCCUCCAAGUGGCAACUUUUAAAGGUUGGAUGGAUAUUAUGUAUGCAGCAGUGGAUUCUCGUCAGAUAGAUGAACAGCCAAAGUUUGAAGCGUUCCCAGCCAUGUAUAUGUAUUUUGUGAUUUUCAUUAUUUUUGGAUCUUUCUUCAUGCUGAACCUUUUCAUCGGAGUGGUUAUCAGCAAUUUCAACCAACAAAGGAAAAAGAUAAGUGGAAAAGAUAUAUUUUUGACUGAGGAACAGAAAAAGUAUUAUAAUGCCCUAAAAAAACUUGGAUCAAAGAAACCUCAAAAACUCAUCCCAAAACCAUUGAAUAUGUUCCAAGGAUUGCUGUUUGAUAUAGUAUCGCACAAAGCAUUUGAUAUUACCGUUGCAGUUUUCAUCUGUCUAAAUAUGGUCAUUAUGAUGGCAGAAAAUAACCAGGACAACGUCAAGGAUGUUCUUAAUAAGAUCAACCUGUUUUUUGUGGCAGUGUUUACUGGGGAAUGUGUCAUAAAAAUACUAGCCUUAAGACAUUACUUUUUCACCUGUGGCUGGAACAUAUUUGAUUUAGCUGUUGUGAUCCUUUCACUAGUUAGUACUGGACUUGCUGAAGGCUUUCAGACUUUGUUCUCCCCUACGCUUCUGAGAAUUUUUCGUUUGGCAAGAAUUGGCCGAAUCCUGAGAUUAAUCCGACAAGCUAGAGGAAUUCGAGCUCUGCUUUUUGCCUUACUGAUGUCUCUUCCUGCACUGUUCAACAUUGGUCUUUUGCUUUUUCUGGUUAUGUUCAUUUAUGCUGUUGUGGGCAUGACAAACUUUGCCUGCAUUGGCUGGGAAGGUGGAAUUAAUAACCUUUUCAACUUUCAAACUUUUGAUAGUAGCAUUCUCUGUCUCUUCCAAAUUACAACAUCAGCUGGCUGGGAUGGUCUUCUGGCCCCUCUGUUAAAAGAAUCUAAUUCAUGUGCUCCCAACUUAAAUUUAACAAGUGAACAGAAAAAAAGUUGCCGAAGUAGGGGGGUUGGUAUUUUUUAUUUUGUAAGCUAUGUCAUUAUAUCAUUUCUUAUUGUUGUAAAUAUGUACAUAGCUGUCAUUUUAGAAAACUUCAAUGUUGCCACUGAAGAAAGCACAGGUCUUCUUUGUGAGGAUGACUUUGAUAUGUUUUAUGAGACCUGGGGAAAAUUUGAUCCUCAGGCAACACAGUUUAUUGAAUAUUCUGCUCUUUCAGACUUUGCAGAUGCUCUGGCAGAACCCUUACGCAUUCCAAAGCCUAAUAAAAUUCAGCUCAUGUCCAUGGACCUCCCUCUAGUUAGUGGAGAUAAGAUCCACUGCUUGGAUAUCUUGCUUGCUUUCUCUAAAAGGGUUUGGGGAGAAUCUGGAGAUUUGCGUGAUCUUGAAAUGCACAUUGAAGAAAAAUUUAUGGCUGAUGAUCCAGCUAAAACUUCUUGCAAGCCAAUUACUACUACCCUUAAAAGGAAACAAGAGGAAGUAUCAGCUCGUAUUAUUCAAAAGGCCUUCAGGAGGUAUUUGGUGAAGCGCUCUUCUAAAAAGAAACCUUUCUUAUACCAUCGUAAACGCUACAACAGUGCUGUCUUUGAAGAAAGUACAUGUAAGAAAGAAAGUCUUAUUGCAUCAAUGCUUAAUAAAGAUAAUGAUAGGAAGCUAGACAAAUCAUGGACAGCGUCUUCCAUAUCUCUCCCUUUAUUUUAUGAUGGUAUUGCUGAAACAGAUAGCAAUAAUGUGGACACACAAGGUUGCCCCAGGCUGCAGCAUUUUUGACUAAAUCAGUAUCAGUUAUUUUCAGAUGGAGAAAAUAUUCAGAUGAAGCAUAAUACUUUACAUUCUGAAAAAUGCUGGCAACCUUUAAGUAUUGUGCUUGUGCUAUUUUGCAAAUGCUCCUUGAAACAAUUAAGGUUUGAACAACUAAGUCAAAUAUUAGAGGAAAAUCAAACUGGAUUUUUUUUUUUCCUCAGCUACUGGAGGAGGUGAGUUAAUUUUUACAGCAGUUGUUUUUUGUGUUACUUCAUAUUUCUGUGUGUACAG